UUAUGAGUAUCGAAUUUAUUACAAAAGUUGCAUCAAUCUUGGUAUAAGCGCUACAACCUUUAUUAUUGGCUAUUUUUUUAUCUAAUACUUAAUUGAUUAAGUUGUACAUAUAACGUUAAUGCGUAUCUUCGUCUCGGGAUGUUAUAAUCGAUUUCGGUGCUAUGCAAUAGAGUACUUAUCAAAUUGGUUUCUAAAAAUAACUAACCUUUGGGAACACUCUAAACUCUAACUAAAGUGAACAUAUUUAUUAGUCAUUUUAUUAUCUGUGCUGGUUUGGAAUAAACUAUACAAUGGCAGAUAUUGGUCCUCAACAUUGGUCUUAUGAUUUACUAAAAGACCUUGCGAUGCAAGAACCGUCUUCACUAGAUUUUGUGGCCGAACUCAAAUCCAUAUUUUUGAAUGACAUUAAUUCCCCACGUCGAUACGAAUGCAUUAGAACCAUGGCUGAUUUAAUUGACUGCCUAGAGCGUAGAGAUAUAAUUUCUGAACAAAACGUUGAGCCGCUUCGCAAUCUAGGAUACAAACGACUAGACGAUGCAAUAGACAGUUAUAUUCCUCCAUAUAGUGAUGAAGAUAUUGAGGGCACCAAUCAGUAUCACUGCACGCAUAUGGCCAAUGAACUGUCGAACAAACUAUCAAUUAAUGGCAUAACUCCACCGACACUGCACGGCAGCAUUACAUACGACAAUGUAAGGCGGUCUGCAUCGGGGGAAACUGCAUUCUCAAAUACACCUCCCGCCGGAUUAAAUAAUUCGAACAUUUAUCCAUGUGUUUUAACAGAGAAUAAACGUAGGGCAAUUUAUAAAAUGCUCUCACAACAGUUAGGUACGCAUUGGCGAAUGUUCGGUCGAGAACUGGGAUUACGUGAAGGACCAAUGGAUGAAAUCGAGCUGCAGUAUCCUCGCGACCUAAGUACUCGAGUAUACAAGGUGUUGCAAUUAUUUGAAGAAGAUGAGUGCAAUAAUCCAAAAACGCAUUUACGGAUAAUAAAAGAUGCAUUGGACCGAUCUCGUCGAAAAGAUUUACGUCGCAAAAUUGACGACAUAUUGUCGUAUUGAUUGUUAUUAGUCCAUUGUAAAAAGUCCUCCAAAUAUACCAAAUAUUUUGUAUGAUUUUUUCUUUGCGCUAAACUAUAUUAUAUAUAUUUGUAUAUAGAGAAUCAUCUUAAUUAUAUAUAAUUUGUGAUAGAAUAAGUAACUUUUUUAUUGCAAUUGUUUUAAUGGUGUCAAGUUACGAAAAUACUUUCCAAUUCUCCUCAGCAUUUUUUUUGUGGUAAUAAGUUAUCCAACAGAACAGAACUCAAAACUUUUUUUACCCAAAAUAAUUGGCUCUUAGAUAAGAAAGAAGUAGUAUACGUACAUCCUUUUUAAUUUCUUCUUUUUCAAACAAAGUUACUAUUUAGGUGGUCACCCGUAUUUCGAGACCUAGCGCCGAAGGUAUUAAUACCAUAGCAGACGAAGAGCUCGAGUUGCCACGUGAAACCAGGGUGACCCUUGCGCAUCUUCGCUCUGGAUAUUGUAGCAGGUUAAACUCCUACUUAUCCAGACUGAACUCUGACAUCCAGAUACAUGUCCUGCAUGCAAUUAGUCCUCGCAUGAUAUUAGUCACCUCUUUAAAUGCCCAAUGAACCCAACUUAUCUAACACCCCUUUCCCUUUGGUCCGACCCAUUCGAAAUAUUAUUGUAAAUUUAUAGUUACCUGUUCAGAAUAGACCAAAUACCUACCAAAAUUGAGAAGAAUUAAGAAAGUUAAAAGAGGAAGAUGUAUAUUUUAUCAAAUUUAUUAGUUUAAUUCCAUAUCGUUUACAUUAUAACACGCAUAGGAUUCGAUAGCGACUACAAUUGUAUGCGAACUUGGCUACUUCCAGUAAAUAAUGACGGUAGACGUUUUCGCGUUUAAAAAUUUUCAAGUUUGAUGCACAUUCUCUUUUGCGAUUGCUGAUUAAUGCUGAAAGACCUGCUUUGCAGUCUCAUAACACUUCUAAAUUCUUAAAUUCGAAGUAAUUCUUUUACAGUGCUAUACAUUUUUACGUCACUAAAUUGUCUGGGACACGUAGUCAUUGCAGUCACAUAUUUAUUUCUGCUUCGAUCACUCCUACAGUAAAACAAAUUUGUAUCUUCAUUUAACAAAGAUCUCUUGUAUAAUUUAUGUUGCAUAUGCACUAUUUUGAUGUUUGCUUUAUGGUAUGUGGGUUUUAAUUCCAUUUACUCCUUCCUUGCAUAUACAGCUUCAAAAAGAAUUAAUCCUUUAACAGCGCCGGAACGACUACAUAUUCGAAUUGUCAUGGCCAUGAAAUCCGGUAUGUAAGGGUUAGUGGCGCUUAUAUACAACGGUUAAUUUGUGGGUUGGGGUUUUAGUUGUGUAAAAUUUUUUUUGGUAGUUCUUCGAUUCUCUGAAUUCACUUUUUUUAACGUAGGCUUAGUACAAUAUAUAAAUUCUUGACUCGAUUAACUGAUGAUUCAGCGCGUGUGUAUGUAAAUGUGUCGAGAUGUGUUUAGCUAAAUCUACACAAGCGCGUACAUACACU